UGCAGAGAGGGGUAUUCUGCUGGAAAAGUUGCGAUGCCGUUUUCUCGGUUGUAUGGUGACUUCUGCUCUUGACCAUGGCGCUACAAUCGCUCGUCAACACGUUCCAUUCCUUACGUGAUUCGACAAAGGAUCACGACGAUUCCACCGUCUCCGCGUACCAAGCAAACAAGUCCCCUCUGUUGUGGCGACUUGGCGAUGUCUUUCUACGAACUUGGGAUUUAGGGUUCACCGCCUUCGGGGGACCGCCGGUACAUUUUCAAAUCCUCCAUCGACGGUUCGUAGAAGGGCAUGGCGGGAAAGCAAAAUGGGUCGAUGAGCAGACUUAUCAGGAAAUCUUCGCAGUAUGUCAGGGUCUGCCUGGCCCAGCUAGCACCAAGAUGGCAUUCUCCCUAGCCCAGAUCCACGCCGGAUUCAUUCCCGCUCUGUUUGUGUUCUUUCUCUGGAGUCUGCCAGGCGCAGUUGGCAUGUUUGUGCUGUCUCUUGGUGUUCAGCGUAUCGGCGAUGUCCUUCCUGGCCCAGUCUACGCGCUUCUCUCUGGUCUGAACGCUUCGACGGUGGGCAUCAUUGCCCUUGCCGCUGUCCAGCUCGCCGAGAAGGCUAUCACUGACCCAUUAACGCGCAUUCUUGUCAUCGGUGCCGGUUGUGCGGGAUUGUGCUACAACGCCUUGUGGUACUUUCCUGUAAUCAUGGUAGUAGGUGGCACUAUGACGGUUGUCUGGGACAUCUGGCUCCGACAGCAAGUGGAAAAGUUCAGAGCGAGCAUACAACGCAAGCGAAAAAGUCAGCAAGAGUUGAGUCCCGAAGCUGCCACACCUGAAGCAAAUAUACCGUCGGGGCUGCAGACGGCCCAACCAGAAGGGUUGCACAAACGGACUGCUGGAAACGGAUUGAAGGGAAAGUUCAGAGAAGAUAUGACAACGCCGUCGACCGAUCCGAAAUUCGUGAUCGAGUCAGAAUCGCCGAGAGAGGCAGCUUCGGACCAGGGAAACCCCAUGACUGAUACCCAGUCUCACAGAAUCUCCAUCAAGGUUGGCAUUGCGAUAAUCAUCGGGUUUUUGGCUUCCUUGAUCGCCAUUCUUAUUACAAGAGGUGUCCUGAAACGACCUCCGCUUCCUUUGUCCCUGUUCUCAAAUAUGUAUCUCGCCGGAACGAUCAUCUUCGGCGGAGGACCCGUGGUCAUCCCGCUGCUACGGGAAUAUGUUGUCCAACCCGGCUGGGUUUCCUCUAGAGACUUCCUCCUUGGACUUGCUAUCAUCCAGGCAUUCCCCGGCCCCAAUUUCAACUUUUCCGUGUACCUGGGGGCGCUUGUGAUGACCGCGCCUACAUAUCUCGGAGAGCCGUACAAGCAAACGUAUCCCACGUUUCUCGGAGCAUUAUUGGGAUUCAUCGGCAUAUUUGUCCCCGGCCUUGCUCUGGUGGUUGCGGCGCAGUCAUUCUGGCGGGUACUGAGGCGCAAACCUGUGGUCACCAGUGCGCUCCGUGGUCUCAAUGCGGCGGCCGUGGGCCUUGUCUUCACAGCUGUCUACCGACUGUGGGAAAUCGGCUACCUAACGAAAGAUAACAGUCAGGGUCAGAGUUUGGCCCGGGAACCUUGGUGGGUGGUUGUUGCGGCAGUGUCUUAUUCGGCAAGUGCCUGGUAUAAGGUCCCUGUUGCCGGUGCGAUUAUUAUGGGUGGCAUUCUUGGAACAGCAUGGUGGGGAACUGUAGGGAGGUAAAUGCUGCGUUCCGUUCGUCCGGCUCAUUGAAGGUUCCCAAAAAACGAAAUCACUAUUAGGUUUGUACGCUUUCGAGAGGACUACUGGUUCCGACUGUAAUGACGCUCUUCAAGCCGGUCCAACAUGAAGAGAAAUAUAAAGCUCCAAUCUACACAUGGUUUCUGAUAUGUACUUGGAACAUGUAAUAUAUGGCCUUCGCUCCACUGCCGCUAACGGAUGAAGGAAUAGAGAAACAUUGAUAUAACAAGGACAUUACAGU